UCAAAGUUUUAGUCGACAACGUAGAAACGUAGUUUGAAAAAUACCACGAAAGUCGACUCAGUGUAUAUGUAUGUGAUUUAAAAGUAAGAAAAAAAGAAAAAACUCAUCGAUUCUUCAGCAAGUUUUUAGACAAUUUCAAGGAUUUAUAAAUUCUUCAAAAGGAAUACUCUAAAGGAAUAAAAAAAAAAGGAAUAUACUUUCUAAAUACAAAGCACAAUAAAAAAUAGAUUAGUGAAAAAAUGGAGCGAAGAGCAGCUCUGCUGCUGAUUUUAUUAAUCGGAACAGCAGCGGUUUCUGCUUAUUCAACGACUGAAGAAAAUUUACAUGAAAAAAUUAAAACAACCUCGACAUCAAAUGCUAAAGAGAUUAAAGCAACAACUGAAGAAGUGUUCUCGAUGAAAAAUGUCGAUUACAAGAAACUUUUAGAUCCAAAGGAAACGCUUUUGAAGGAAAUUCAAACAUUAGAUGAAGAAAUUUCAAAUGAUAAUGAUAAGUUUCCAGAAGAGGAAGUUGCGAAAGUAAUUAAAGCGGAGGCUCAGAAAAUAAAGCCAAUUGUUAAAGUACCGUUAGUGAGGAAAAAUCCAACUGUUAAGACGAUUACAAGUACGACGGUGAAAACUACUCCUAAAGAAUUCACUGAAUCUGAUGAUGCGAACUAUGAGGAUGAUGAUGAUGAGGACGAAGAGGAUGAGAAUGAUGAUGAUGAUGAUUAUGAAGAUGAUGAUGAUGAUGAUGAAGAUGAUGAUGAAGAUGAUCCUGAUCAUCUCAAUGAAGAUGAAAUUAUGACCCAGUGCCCCUCGAGUUGCAAAUGUGUUGGACAAUUUGCUUCUGCUACAACUGCCAAAUGCACCAGAUUGGAUGAGAAUCAAACCUUCGGUCCUGGAAUUGUUCAUCUGAUGAUUGAGAAUGCUGAUCCAAUUCGUCUAGGUCCAAAGGCUUUCAAAUCGCGGGGUCUUCAACAACUGGAAUCGAUAACCUUCAUAGAUACUCCAAUUUUGGAAUUGGAUAAAACAGCCUUCGAGGAUAAUCCCUAUCUUUUCGCUGUGAAUUUCACCAGAAAUAGUUUAGACGAUAUUCCAGUUGAUAUAUUCCAAAAUAACAGUCAAUUAAAUUUAAUAACAAUCUCUGGAAAUCCAAUGAAACGUUUACAGACAGCUUUUAAGGCAAAAACAAGAAAUUAUCUUCUCAAUGCUCCAAGUGUAUCCGAACUUGUUUUCUCCGAUAAUUCCCUAUCAAGAUUACCACAUUCAGCAUUCGUGAAAAUGCCAAAUCUCGUAUUCAUCGAUUUAAAAACGAAUCGUCUAAAAACAAUCGACAAAGCUCACAUUAAUUCAUUGGAAUCACUCACCGAAUUGGAUAUUUCCUAUAAUGAAUUACAAGAAAUACCAAUCGAUCUCUUUGAGGGAAAUGCAAAAAAUGUUCAGAUCUUGAGAGCUGUUGGUAAUAAUUUAUCAACCCUAAGUACUGUGAUUGCGACAAAAAUGACAAUAUUAGAUGUUUCAAGUAAUAGAAUCAAAAUUAUUCACAAAGACGAUUUGAUUGGAUUGCCAAUUCUCGAACAACUUUACGUUAAAUCGAAUGGUCUCAAAAGAAUUCAUCAGCAUUCAUUCAGUGAGAAUGAUGAAUUAGUCCAUCUUGAUAUCAGUGACAAUAAACUCACUUCACUUACGGAUCAUCAUUUCCGAACGAAUUCCAGAUUGCAAACAAUCGUGAUGAACGACAAUCCUGGAUUAGAAACACUUCCCGUUUUUCGAACCAACGAUCAGGAGUACAACACAUUCAGCGUUUAUCGAUUCGAAUGCUCCAAUUGUGGUCUCUACUCCAUUCAGGAAGGAACAUUUGACGCAAUGCCAGCACUAACAACAUUGAAACUUGCCAAAAAUCAUUUGACCGGACUUCCAAGAAAUUUACUCAAAUUCCAUUCAUCAUUGAUUGAAUUUGAUUUGUCGAAGAAUCAAAUUAAAACACUUGAUAAUAAUAUGUUCCAAGGCGCCACAUCAUUGAUAAAAUUGAAUCUUGCUGGAAAUCUUUUAAUUUCCCUGCAAGUCACUCCAUUCCUUGCGACGCCAAAUCUCUCUAAAUUGAAUGUCAGUUGGAAUGUUCUUGAACGUGUUUGGAGUGAAGCCAGAGUACCGCUUAAAAAUCUUAAAUUUCUUGCGGUUCAUGAUAAUCGUCUUCAGCGAAUAACAUUGGAGGAGUUAAAAGCAACUCCAAAACUCACUGGUUUGGAUAUAAUGCACAAUCCCUUAAAGUGCGAUCAAGAAUUCAAUGAUGCAAUUCAAUGGCUGACGGGUCAUAGAGUGAAGACUGUUGAUAAUACAAAAUCAAUGAGCAUUGCUGACGAUUACAUUGAAACUGAAAGAAUAACACAAUGGUCUGAUUUAGCUAAAGUUGUUUGUGACAGCAUUGAUCUUGGCCCACCACCACGACCAGUGCCACAAAGACCAAAACUCGAGGAUAUUCUAAAGAAUGACUUAUCUGACGACAUUGCGUUCGAUCAUGGUCAGAAUAAUUUAGACGAAUUCAGUGACAUGUUUACCGAGGAAAAUGAUGAUGAUGAUUAUAAUGAUGAUAUUCCUGAAGCAACUGUUAGUUAUCAUCCAUUUUAUCGACGAUCACUUUGGCCUGUAUUGACUGUUAUUGUCGUCACUGUUGUUCUUUUAAUGUCAAUUGUUCAUUUUGCUCUCUAUUUGGCAAAACGAAGAGGUCGCGGUCCAGUUAUUAGGCCACCAAUGAUUCUUCGUCAAGGAUUGAUCGAUAAUAAAAAUUGUGGUCUUGUUUAUAAACCACUUCAAGAAGAAAUACCAACACCACAUUUACCAAAACGUGGCGCUUUCUAUUCAAGCAGUACAUUCCACUAUGACAAAAUUGUACCAGAAAGUGUUUAAAUUUUUCUAUUGUUUGUAAGUAUAAGAGAAUGCAAAAAAAAAGAUAUAGACUCCUGAGACUGAGAAUUACGAAUUAGAAAUUUUCGUACUGUCCUGAGAGAAUGUCAUAUUGAGAAACUAUUUUUGUGAUUUUUUUUUUUUUUUGAUAUUCUUAAAGAAACAAAGAAAUUUUUUAUUUAAAGAGAAAAAUAAACUUCAUCAAAAUUAUAAUAAUAAAAAUGUCUUGCAUGAUAUUUUUAAUUUUUACCUCGAAAAUCAUUCUCUCAUGCGGUAAAAUUAUAAUCCCUUCUCUUUGUCAAAAGAGUUUUGGUUAAUUAUACGAACAAAGUGAUCAUGAAUAUUACAUUUUUUAUUAUUAUAAAUAUUCAAUCCAAAGUUUUUUGAAUUUUACAAUUUUUUUUUUUAAUCGACUUUCAUAGUUCCUUGCAAUGUAAAAAAACAACUAAAAAAAUUUAUUUGAAAUCUGAAAAAAUUAAAUUUUUAAUAAUUGGUUUUUUUUUGGUAAAAUCCAGUGGUUUCUUCCAGUAAGAUUCAUGAUGUAUACAUGAAGAGAUAUACAUAAUAAAUUCGUGGCAUAAAAUACUUAUAAUAACUUAUAUAGCUUUAUAAGUUGAUAGCGAGUAUAUUGAAACAAAAAAAUUUUUUAAGACUUGGUCAUAAUUCUGGGUGGUAUUAAUUCGAAAAAUCAAUUUUUUU